AUGGCCGACGACGACGACAUAGUUCUCCUUGCGUGCGCCAUGGCCGUAGCGGCGGCCGCAUUAGCCAUCAAGGACGAGCUUAUCGACGAUGACCCGCCCGACCGUAAGCCGCAGCUCCGGUUCAUGCGCCCCGAGACGUCGUACUUGGACUACCUAGACAUGCAACGCGACCUCCUCCACGAUCGCGGCGAUCGUGUCAUCUACGACAUUUUCCGCAUGGACGAUGCGAGCCUCCACGUGUUAGUUGCGAUGGCGAAACCCUAUCUACCGGGGCCCAACGGGUUCUACGGAGAAGAUAUCAACGACCCGAGGCGGCUCGCAGCUUCCUGCGCUGCAUUUGCCACCAAGGACCCGUCGCUCGGCGCGUGCAUUGGGGCUAUUGAUGGCACCCACAUCCCUGUUGUGGUGCCGGUGCCCAUGAGCGAGCGUUACCGCAACCGGUAUGCCAUCCUUGUGCUUGCCUCAUCUCAUCCACGUUAUCCGUUCGUGAUUGAGGCGUCCCUCGGCGCCAUGUCUUUGGCGACGAGCGCCCAGCCAGUCGCCUUCAGGUUCUUGCCAGCCGACACGACAUACUGUGGGCUCUUGGCGACAUUGCGGAACGAGAGCCUCGAGCUCGCGCGUCCAGCUCGCCGGGGCCACCAUGUUCCCGCCAAAAAAGAGCUGUGA